UGGCAUGUAUGGUGGUCUAGGAAUGGGAAUGGGUAUGUCUGAAGAUUUUCAACGCAGUCAGAUGACUUUUAUGCUACUUGGGCGUCUGCUUGAAAUGUGCGGCAUGUUUGCAGGUGUCAUACAAAUGACUUUUGGGAGUGCUCUUCAGUUCAUGGGUAAUUAUAUUGGGAUGAGCCAGCAGUACAAUCAACUGAAAUCUGGCAUGUACAGGGACGAAAGUGGUAAAUGGGUUGAGCUGCCGAAGAGAACUGUCACUGAGAAGGAGAAUUUGAAUACUUCUCGCAAGCGAAGGUACACGAGCCGGAAGCGACAAGAGCGGCCAUGGGUUGCCAUUUUAAGGCGAAUCGCAUUCUUCUUGUUAGCCCUGUUUGUGGCCAGAAGGCUAAUGGUUCGGGCAGCAGCAAGACCGGUCUCUCUACUUCCGUGGUGA